GAUACAGCGCCAUUUUGGCUCAAAUGGGCUCAGCGUUCAGCGCUUGUUAUGGUUACAACACGGAACGGUUUGUAUUCAAGAUUACAAAAUGAGAUUGCAAUGAAUAGAAAAGAAACGUUUCUUUCUUUUUAAUCUUUAUUUAAAAACCUGGCUCGAAAUGCAGUCUUGAAGAAUGGCGCUUGUGUAACAAUGCUGCGUUAGGUCUGUGCAACAGAUACAGUUUUUACAUUCUGAUGGUACGGACAUGUACAUGCUGACAUUAGUCCAGUAAACGCCUUAUAUUAACAUGGAGGGGUCGAGUCCGCUUGUCUCAGCCGCGUCGGAUGUCGCCCGGUCCGGUUCGGAGGGAGAGUUCACGGUAGCGAACGGAGCUGCUGUGAGAGACGGCGAGAAACGGGAGGAAGAGGCGCCGAUGGAGGCUGCAGGUGCGGUCGGGUUCAGUAUCUCGCGCCUCGACACGCUGAGCGCGCUGAGACUCAACCGGACACGACCGACGGCGGACACCGAGCUCCGGUACCUGCACUUGUUAUGGCAGCCCGGUGAACUGCUGCAGGCGGGACGGAGCUCGCCGGGCAAAAUCACUUCGAGCAGGGUGAGGCGGCUGGGAAGAGCUCGGAGGAACAUGGGGCCCAUCGGAAAAGACCUGUAUGCUGUGAAGAGGCUCAGAGAAGCUGCCAACUCCAAUGAUAUUGAUACAGUUCGUAGAUUGCUGGAAGAUGAUACUGAUCCUUGUGCUGCUGAUGACAAGGGCAGGACAGCCUUACACUUCUCUUCCUGCAAUGGCAACGAGAGCAUUGUUCAGUUGUUGCUAAGUUAUGGUGCUGACCCAAACCAGAGAGACAGCCUCGGAAACACACCACUCCAUCUGGCUGCCUGCACCAACCACGUGCCUGUCAUCACAACCUUACUGCGUGGAGGUGCCCGUGUUGAUGCUCUGGACCGUGCUGGAAGGACUCCUCUUCAUCUUGCCCGUUCGAAGCUCAACAUCUUACAAGAGGGAGACUCACGUAGCCUAGAAACCCUCAGAGGAGAGGUCACACAGAUUAUUCAAAUGCUGCGGGAGUAUCUGAAUAUAAUGGGACAGAGUGAAGAGAGAGAGAAACUGGAGCACAUCUCAAACCAGCUGCAGAACACUUGCACCAGAGAACAGGUAGACGAGGUGACGGAUUUACUGGCGAGCUUCACGUCUCUCAGUAUUCAGAUGCAGAAUAUGGGAGACCGGUAGAGAUGGAUUGAAGAAGAGGAUGAGACAACUGGGUUUUAUUGGGAGAACAGGAGAAAUUAUUUAUACAUGCCAUGCCUACAUAUACAACUGUGUAGUAAUGAUUAUUUAAAUCCAACUUUGACUAAGAAAAUAUAUAAACUGUCUAUAUUUUGUUCCUGAAACCAUUUUUAUUCAUUUCUGUUAUGCCUUUUAUUGUAGCCUGUUAUGUCACCGUUUACUGUAUAUUCAUUUUUUGUAAAUGACUGAAAAACGGCCAAAUAAAUU